GCAGACAUAAUACAUAAAAGUUUAUUCUACUUCUUCUUCUUCUUUUCCCUUGUAAUGUUUUUUCAUCUCUCGCACAAUUUGAUUCACAUUGAGCCAUUGCUCAAUCAAUACGGCGAUGAAAAUUAAUAAACUAAAUGUAAAACGAUACGGUUGAAAUUUAAGUGAUUUAACUAGAUGCUGGUGUUGUAUUUCAUUGAGCUAAUGUGAAUUUGGUGUGUGUAUGGAAUUGACGAGAAAAAAUUUGGUGAAAUUUUGUCCGACGCGCAAAAAUUCCGCCGCGAAACUUGAUUGCAGGAAAAGAAGAAUAAGAAGACUAGAGGCACACACAAGCGAGAGAGAAAAAAGGUUGUUUGUUCAAUUUCGAUAGAAUCGAUUUUAUUUGAGUGUUGGUGUUACCGAUAAAAAGAAAACACAACCAAAAAAUAAAGAUCAUCUGUAAUUAGCGCCUGUUUUUGCCUAUUUCGCAAUUCGAUAUUCCAUCGCGACAUUUACUCGACCAUCCGAAAAAUUGCAUUGUAUUUUCGCAUAUUCGCCAUUCAUUUGUGCUACAAUAUAAUAUUGGGAAAAACGCGAUUUGCUGCUUUUCGUGUGCAUGUAUGUGUGUUUAUAAACAUAAAAUGUGACCAGAGAAAUCAGAGACAGAUGAUCAUAAUUGAAUCGUCUUAUUGGAAUCGUAUUGGAAUUACGACGACAAGCAACUACUGCGUGUGAAAUGCCGCAAUCGACAUAACACAAUGUGAUCGAAAGCGCCAUUCUAUUCUAUCGCAUAGAAAAAAAAAAACAAAACAAAACAAAACAACACAGCAAGCAGCAGCAAUAGCGGCAGCAGAAAAAAACUACACAUCUCGUUUGACUCGUAGUAAAAUAAGACAGUGUCAAAACGUCGCAAUAAAAUAAAUGUACGAAGGAGAGAAAAUGUAGCGAGCAACAUUUGUUUGAGGUUGUUAAUCAAACGCGACGAAUUUUUGUCACAUCUUCCCAGUCACUGGUCUUAAAGUGUUGAACUUUGAGCACCAUCCGAUUUUAUAAGAAACUGUCACUUGUUUUUAAGAGAAAUUGAAUUAAUGCAGUAAAAGAUGGCUUCGAUUCCAACUUUAGGAGGGCAUCAUUUGGUGAAUCAGCAGCAGCACAAUAGCAUGCAAAAUAAUAGCGGCACUUCGUUACCGCCGAAUUCGCAACAGUUGCAAGAACGUCACUCGCAAAUCAAUCAGCAGCCACCUGAACCGGUCAAUAACGUCCGAUUGGACGGUAAUCCGAAAAAGCGUAUGCUAUCGCAGCAGCAGCAUCAAAUGCAAUCGCAGCAAAUGCCGCAUCACCAAGAGCAUCAAAUCACUCAACAUGUGGCUCAAUCUGGCCUACCAAUCCCGAUUCAUCAUCCGAUCAGCCAAUUGUUUGCCAUUGAUCCGCACACCCAGCAGACGAUUAAAACGGAAAAUGAUAAUAAAUUCUAUCAUUUUCCAUCGCAUUCAAUGGGUAAACCGCAGAUUUUAUCGGACACCAAAUUGCCGCCAGCGCAAAUGUUUGACGUUCGUAACGCGGAUGGGCAAAUUGUGCACGUGAAUAUCGAGGAUAUCAAUCAGUUUUUAACGUAUCACGAAGUGUUUGGAAAAAUUGGAUCAGAUCAUGCAUUUCCUCCCACAUCGAACUCACUCGCAAUUCCACCAAUUAAUGCUUCCGUACCGGUAUCGAAUGCACAGUCAACGUCCAUUCCACCGGCCUCGAUUAAUCCGACCAAUUCACAGUCGCAAUCAACACCAUUGAUCAUACCGAAAAUCGAGAAUAUCAACACAUCCGGUUCGAAUACGAAUUCAGUGUCGGUCAGCACCACAUCAAAUGUUACAAACAAUUCAACGACGUCAACAUGCGUCACAGCUGGCGGCAGCGAUGAUUCAACGACAAUGCCAUCGCCAGGCAUGCACACUUGCGAUAUUUGUGGAAAAGUGUUUGCCUUCAAAUACCAAUUCAUUGUUCAUCGUCGCUAUCAUAACGAACGUAAGCCAUUCAUUUGCCAAGUAUGUGGCCAAGCAUUCACAACUUCCGUUGAUCUAACAUCACAUGGUAAAAUCCACGAAGGAGUCAAAAUGUUCAUAUGCAAUGUGUGUUAUAAUGUGUUUGCGAACGAUGCUAGUCUGGAACGGCAUAUGAAACGACACUCCACUGAUAAGCCAUUUGGUUGUACGGUUUGCCAGAAGACGUUCGGGAGGAAAGAACACUUGGACAAUCAUUUCCGAUCUCACAGCGGGGAAACACCUUUUCGGUGCCAGUAUUGCGCUAAGUGUUUUACUCGUCGUGAACAUAUGCAGAAUCACGUCAGGAAGCACACUGGAGACACGCCGUUCAAAUGUGACAUUUGCAAAAAAUCGUUCACAAGGAAAGAGCAUUACGUCAAUCACUAUAUGUGGCACACAGGCGAAACUCCGCAUACAUGCAAUGUCUGUGGCAAGAAAUACACUCGCAAAGAACAUUUGGCCAACCAUCAACGCUCGCACACAAAUGAAAACCCGUUCCGGUGUGAAAUAUGCGGCAAAUGCUUCAGCCGCAAGGAACAUUUCACUAAUCAUAUUUUGUGGCAUACUGGAGAGACACCACAUCGUUGCGAUUUCUGCUCCAAAACAUUUACUCGCAAAGAGCAUCUCUUGAACCAUGUCAGGCAACACACAAACGAAUCUCCGCAUCGAUGCUCUUACUGCAUGAAAUCAUUCACAAGACGUGAACAUCUCAUCAAUCACACCAGACAGCACACAGGAGAGACACCGUUUAAGUGCGAAUUUUGCCCGAAAGCAUUUGCACGAAAAGAUCAUCUAAACAAUCACAGAAAUCAACACACUGGCCAGUCGCUACAUAAAUGUGUCUAUUGCAGCAAGAGCUUUUCGCGCAAGGAACACUUGAAAAAUCAUCAAGUCAAACACACUGGCAUUUCUCCGUAUCAGUGUAAAUUUUGUAACAAGAUUUUCUCUCGACGAGAACAUUUGAAUAAUCAUGAGAUGAUUCACACCGGUCAAUCUCCUCAUAAAUGUGUUUAUUGUGACAAGGCAUUCACACGCAAAGAGCACCUAAAUAACCAUUUGAAGCAUCAUUCCCCCGAUAAUCCGUUGAUCUGUACGGUAUGCAACAAGUCGUUCUCGAGAAAAGAGUCGCUAGUCAAUCAUAUGAGUCGAUGCCAUACGGGAGAGCGUCCAUAUGCAUGUGAAACAUGUGGAAAAUCAUUUCCACUGAAAGGAAAUUUGCUCUUUCAUCAACGUAGCCAUAACAAGGGUGUGAAAGCAGAACGACCGUUCCGUUGCGAUCUUUGCCCAAAGGACUUCAUUUCGAAAGGGCACUUAGUGAGUCAUAGACGAUCGCACACCGGAGAGAAGCCAUUCGGCUGCAGCCAAUGUGGCAAAGCAUUCAUUGGGAAAGGAAACCUUUUGCGACACGUUAAGAAGACACAUCCGAAUAUCACGGAUGUUCAGAGCAUUAUGAUGCAAGCAAAAGCAAAGGCAAAGUUAGCAACCAGCUCGAGCAUUGCGACGGUGAGCAAUCAAACCACAUCGACAACAUCAAUGCCACCGUCUUCGGUGCCGGCAGUCGUAACAUCGGCAAUGACCACCCAACCGAUGCACAGUGGCCCAGCUGGUAUCCAUUCUGGGCCCAUACAAACGGCCGCACCAUCAAAUCCACAACAACAAUCUCAGCCUCAGCCGCACAACAUCGUUGCACCGCAUAUUCCAAUCCUAAUGGAUCCUCUGGUACAGAGUAACUACUUAAUUAGCAUCUAAAUGCAGCCACAACACAUAAGUAAGACAUUGCUUACUCUCAUUCAUUUACCCGACUAUUUUAAUUAAACAACACUUUUUUUCGGAUAUAAGUAACAAACUGGUAUUAAUUGAAGAAAAACAAACAAACUAGAAACAUUGAUGCAUAUUAUAUCGACAGUCUAGAGACAAACAGAUAUAGAAUUGUAACGCCGUUAAAAAAAUGUAUUGUUUGGAUAUUUGCAGUAACAACGAUAGAAGUGAUAGAUAUUAUAAUUGGGUCAACUAACUACAUAAUGAUUUUGUGUAUUGUACCUUUAUUCAAUUGAAUUUUGAUUCAAUCGGUGUGUGAUUUAUUGAAAAACAAAAUUAGCUAUCCUAUUUGCCGUCUUGGAGGCCAGUUCAUAUGGUUUUGGACAUUUGCUCGAAUGCAUUCCAACGUGUAGCGAUUUUGAUAUUCAAAUAUCCAGAUAUUGUGUUGAUUCGUUUAUAUUCAUCAAUCAGUUUCUCUUCAGGAGAAAAUCCGAAAAAAAAGUCAAAAACGAAUAAUUGUGCGAGGUGCUAGUUUUUUUUAAAAUGAAUAUAAAGGAAAGGUUCGAUGAACAGACUCAAUUCCCGAUGAGGAAAGAAGUAAACAAGAGAAGCAAAAUUUCCAUAACUUUGAAUCAGCCUCCAAUUGACAAUUCGGCCGUUAAGCAAAAUUGUCAUUGAUUUUACAAAAAAAAUAAUCUAAAGUUCCAUAGGAAUUAAAAGAGCAACUUGUUAGAAUUAUUUUGAACUAAUCAAACAAAAAGAAAGAAAGAAAACAACAGUCACUGUGAAUAUAUUUUUUUCCUAAUUUUUUUUCCGAUUCAAUCGCUGAAAAAUGUAUUCAAACGAAUUUAAGUGGAACGAAAAACUGAAAUUUUUUAUUUUGAAUAUAGAAAAACAAAAUCAUUUUAUUUAUAUACAACAACAACAAUGUGUGAAUUUUUAACGAUAUAUUUUUUUUCAGCUGUAAGAUAUUUUUUGUAGUUUUUUUUUCAAUUUUUUCUUUUUGCUCUCAAUCGUAUUGUUAUAGAAAGACUAAUUUUUAUUUUAACCAUUACCUACACACAUUAUAUAUAUUCUUAUUGGAAAAGUCAUUUUGUAGGCAAAAAGAAAACUUUUAUUUUUUUAUUUUUCUCGAAAUCAUAAAACAAAAACUUUGAAGUUCAUAUUCAUAUAACAAAUUUCAUUAUCAAAAAAGAACAUAUGUUGAUCUUGAGAAGCUGGAAGAUUGAUAUGAGUAGUGACGUUCAAUUCAAUUGUGUCAUAUUUUGAAAGGAAAUGUUAAGUAAAACCAUGGUCACGAUGUAAUAGCAAAUAAUAAUACUAUAUAGAUAGAUUGAAUGCAGGAAUCUUCCGUGAGUUUGUAGUGAUUCUCCUAUCUAAAUCUUACUCUAAUUGAAUAGAAAAAAAACCAACAACCUUCUUAGAAGUAUCAAAAACAAAGGGAUAUUCAUUGUUAUAUUGUAAAAAAAAGGUACUAGAUGGUAGCGCAGCUAUUGGUUCUCUAUCACACGUUUGCAUUAUCAAUAAAACAAAACUAAAUGAGAAAUAAAUAUACGUAGUGAUUUACAACAUAGUUGUAUGAAAUAUGACAGUCAAUAGAAGCGCCUAGAUCAAAUACGAUCGCGAAGAUUCAAUAUUUUCCAUAUGACAAAAACAAACACAUAAAAUACAAGAGACGAAACAAGGGACGAAACAAUGUGUCCGAUUAAUUUGCAAACGAUCACGUAGUGCUAAAUGACAAAAUCAAUUAUAUCCACUUCAGUUGCAUAUUUGUGUUGAGUAAUUUGUAUAUUGGUGCUGAACAUCAAAAUAACAUAUACACUUAAUCCAGAAUGUUCCAUUGAUUAUAUACUAUCUCUCAUACGAGAACAAAUUAUUGUAUUAAAAAAAAAAACAAAUAAAUUCUGUAUUCUAUGUUUGGAUAAACUAAAAUAUUCAUAAAUGAAAAA